AUCUAAACGUCAUCUUCUUCUCCUCUGAACAAUAGUUUCCCUUCCGUUAAAAAACUUUCAUUUUAAUGGCUUUUUUCCUACUUAUGAGCAGAUAUACCCAUUAAUCCCCCCAUCCCUGUUCUUCUCUCACUCUCUCUCUCUACAACCCCUUUUCUUGAACUGUAAAAAGCUUCCAAAUUGUCACCACCGCAAAGAAUUAAGAAGAUGAUAUAAAGAAAAUUUUGUAUUUGAUUUGGAAAAGCGAUCUGCUUUCUUUGAAAAAUCCAUUAUUUUGCUUCAUAUUCCUCUUUCUUCGCUGAAAUUCUAGGGUUUUCCUUUCUUUCUGCGUUGAGAGGCGAUGGCUGCGGUGGCGGAGAGCGCGAUCGGCUCUGAAAACCAGUUGAUGCACUGCAACCCGGCGACUUCUGAAUCGGAAUCGGAGUAUCAGAAUGAUGUGAGGAAGCUGGUCGACCUUCUCUCUAAAUUGAAUCCAUCUGCGAAGGAGUUCGUUCCUUCUUGGAGAAAAUCGGAUGGCCGAUUAUCUGCAGACGCGCCGCUCUUCGUCGGUUCGCCGGAGUAUUAUAACAGUAGAAAUGAGUCCAAUUAUGGGAGUUGUAGUAAGGAUUGGAGCAGUGAUGGAUCGUCCAACAAUCAGCCGAUGAAUCGAAGGCGUUUUGGGCAGAGGAGGAAUGGUUAUAAUCAGGGGAGGAGGAGGAUAAGCGAUAGGGUUAGAAGAGCUGAAAGAGAGGAAAGCAUAAAGAGAACUGUUUAUGUUUCUGAUAUUGAUCAAAAUAUUACAGAAGAACAGCUUGCUGAAUUGUUUUCCUACUGUGGUCAAGUAAGCGCUCGAACUUCAAAUGUUUAUACAGCUUCUGCAAGAUCAAAAUUAUGUUUUUGUUUAGUUAAGGAUCUUUGAGGAGUUUGGUUGUUAUGGGCUUUGUGAUUUAAUUGAGAAAUGCUUUUAGGUUUAGCAGGAUUUGUUUUGUGAAGCAAAGCAUAAGGAACCUAUGUUGUCCUAAAGGCAUGUUUUCAUGUCGAUCGCUUGGUUUCACCCAUUCUUGUUUGUGUAUACUAACUACCCGGCAUUACUUGUUCUUGUAAGGUUCAUGUUGCUA